AUGGAAUAUGAGGCCUUGAAAGAGAUAAUUAGGUUAAAUCAGGUCGUGUGGUGGGGAGUUGGAGAAUUUGCUGAUAAACUCAAUGAGCAAAAAAUUGCCCAGCUAGAAGAGGCGAAACAGGCUUCCAUCAAACAGAUCCAGGAUGCGAUUGAUAUGGAGAAGUCACAGCAGGCACUGGUUGACAAGCGCCAUUACCUUUUUGAUGUCCAGAGGAAUAACAUUGCUAUGGCACUGGAGCUUACUUACCGGGAGUGGCUGCACAAGGUAUACAGGGCGGUUAAGAAUCGCCUGGACUAUCACAUCUCUGUGCAGAACAUGAUGCGUCGAAAGGAACAAGAGCACAUGAUAAACUGGGUAGAGAAGCAUGUGGUGCAGAGCAUCUCUGCACAGCAGGAAAAGGAGACAAUCGCCGAGUGCAUUGCAGAUCUAAAGCUGCUUGCAAAGAAGGCUCAAGCACAGCCAGUUCUGUAAAUGCUUCUAUCCCAGUGGAGACAGCUAGAAGCAAUUGACUGAAGAAAUUAGUCCAUGUGCACAAUCUUUCUGUAUUGCUGUCUACUGAAGUUACACUUAACCUUCCCUAAAAAUGAAAAGUUUGUUUCUUAUAGUGAGAGAAUUAAAACAAUCUGUUGGUGAAC